GCAUAAAAAAGGAGUCCAACUCGGGGAAACUCUUGCUCAGCCCCACUGAAACUCUUCAGAAAACUUUCUCAGGAGUAUCCGCAGCCCUUUUCGGAUGGCAUUUUGGGGCGGUGAAGGGACUCCUUUAGUCCAUGGACCUUUUUACAACUCUCAGGAAUCUAAGUGAAGAAGAAGGGUGGGGGAUUUCUUAGGGGAUUCAUCACGUUCUUUCCGGCUUUUAAAUCUGGGGGGAGAAGGAGAAUGGGGGCCGGAGCACUCACCAUCUGUCACAACAAAGCAGCUGUGCAGAUAAAGGAGGACAUGAAGAAGAUGGUCCAGCUGCCUAUGGUGAAGCCCAGACCCACUGCCCCAGUGGGGAGAAGGGUGUUUGGUGUGUCCCUCUUAGAACUGAAGGAGCUGGGCUUGGUGGAGGAUGGAGUGCCCCUGGUGGUCCGAAGCAUGGUGGAGUAUCUACGUGAGCAUGGUCUCCAUCAGGAGGGCUUGUUCAGGGUGAACGGGAGUGUCCGCGCCGUGGACGCCCUCAGGCAGCGCCUGGAGCGCUGUGAGCCCGUGGACCUGGCGCAGGAGUCCGAGGUGGGCACAGUUGCCAGCCUGCUGAAGCAGUUCCUCAGGGAUCUACCUGAGGGUCUGGUGGAUUCCAGUGUACAGCCGGCACUCAUCCAGCAGCACCAGGAGUCGUCCGAGGCGGGCUGCUGCCAGGACAUGCGAGAGCUUCUGCAGCAGCUGCCUGAGCUGCAUCUCGGCCUGCUCAAGUACCUGUGCCACUUCCUCACCCAGGUGGACCAGCGGCACAAGGAAAACCGUAUGAAUGCCCUGAACCUGGCAACCGUCUUUGGCCCCAAUGUUUUCCAUGUCUCCUCAGGGUUUGAUGGGAUACAUGAGCAGAAUAUCUGCAACAAGAUCAUGGCCAAGAUGAUCCAGAACUACAGCUCCAUCUUUGAGACUGACAUGCAGAAGGGUAGCUUGAUGACAGAGACGGAGACUGCCAAUGUCAUCAUAGUAAAGGAAGUCCAAACUAUAACGUUAGAGAGAGAAAAGUCACCCUACUCGCCCACUCCAAAGGCACGAACACCAGUUCCCAGAAAGAAAAAGGUGAAGAAGCUUAAGGGUGAGAUGGCAGGUCAGCAGCGAGUCUUGCCCCAGCCUGCUCUCUUGGUUGGCCUUCCCCACGCCAGACCUCUGCCACUGGCUCCGGACCUUUGCUCCAGCCCCAGGGCCCUGUCUCCAGCCCUGCUCGCCCAGGACUCUGGCCCCGGCACCCGGACACCCACUCCCCCGCGGCCCCAGGCACGGAGCCCAAACCCUGAGGCCAUGGAGCUGGCCCCUAAGGGAGACAGCCUCAGCAGGAGCAGCGAGACCUUGAGCAGCUCCCUGGAGGAAGAGAGACCAAUAUCCCCAUUCUACGUGAGCUCUCAGACCUCCCCAGAUAAUUGUAGACCUGACCUAGCACAAUUUCUGGAAAGGACCAUUCGCUCUGCGGUUGAGCAGCAUUUGUUUGAUGUGCACAUGCAUGGGGGUCAAAGUUCAGACGACCCUGACACGAAUGGUCAACUGGCGUCUCCCGUGACAACAGCUCGUCAGAGGCGACGUCAGCAGCGUGAGCAAGAGGAAGUCCAAAGACAGCGAGACAGGGAAGGCAUCAACAAGGAGAACAAUCCCUCGAUAGGAGUUAUCAAUAACGGCAGUGUCGGAGAGGACAGCUUGGGACACACACACGCGCGCACACACACACACACGCACGCCCAGAAACACUCGGUGGAGGGGCCUAGACACAGGAAGAGCAAACACGCUGUUCCCACGCUGGCUGAACUCAGGGACAACCAGGAUCCCCCCUCGUCCAAUAAAUGUUUCAAAGUACCAAAGGCACAUGACCCAGUCUCACCAGAGAACAUGGAAUAUUCAGAAGUGUGGGAUGAACAUCACAGAGACCAAGACAGCUGUUCAGCACAGACGCCUGCCAUGAAGAUCCAGGAGGCUCUCAGUGGCUCGGACCCUGGAGAGGGCUGUGAGGACGUGCCUCGUCUGGACCUCUCCUCCCUCACUGAGGACAACAACUGGGGAGAUUCGCCGUUCUUUAGUGCCCCUUUCCUUGAUUUCAAAAGCUUCUUCCAGCAGUGUUACUAUGAGGACCCAGUGCCAGCAUACUCAUCCUGGCAGAGGGAAAGCAUGGACCGUGAGGAGGCUCGCCUUUCGCCCCACGCUGGAGGCAGACUUAUCCGACAGCUCUUGGAGGAGGACAGCGACCCCAUGGUCUCGCCGCGCUUUUACGCCUACGGCCACUGCCAGCAGUACCUGGACGACACAGAGGUUCCCCCCUCGCCUCCCAACGCACAUUCCUUUGUCAGUCGGAGGAGAAGUUCAUCUCUUGGCUCGUGUGAUGAUGACCGUGAAGAGCUGACCUCAGCUCAGCUUUCAAAGAAGAUUCACAGCCUGAAAAGGAAGAUUCGCAAAUUCGAGGAGCGGUUUGAAGAGGAACGCAAAUAUAGGCCCUCUCAUGGUGACAAAGCUGGCACCCCAGAAGUACUGAGAUGGAUGAAUGAACUGGCCAAGCUGAGCAAAGACCUGAAAGAGCACAAGCUGCUGAAGUCGGAAGAGGACCUGACCCCUCUCCCGCGCCAGCGGAGCAACACCCUGCCCAAGAGCUUCGGCUCCCAGCUGGAGAAGAAGCCCCCCGAGGCCAAGGCCCCCAAGCCGCCCGUGGAGACCACCCUGGAGACGGUGAUGGCCAAGCUGGAGGAGAAGCGGCUGGAGAUGGGCCGUUCAGAGGACAUCAAGGACAUGACUCGUGAACAGAUUGCCGCAGAGAAAGUCGCCCUCCAGAAAGCCCUGCUAUACUACGAGAGCAUCCAUGGGAGACCGGUCACCAAGAGUGAGAGGCAAAUCAUGAAGCCCCUGUAUGACAGAUACCGCCUUGUCAAGCAGAUCUUAUGCAGAGCGUCCACCAUUCCUGUAAUUGGCUCCCCUUCCAGCAAGCGCAGAGGUCCUCUGCUGCAGCCCAUUAUUGAGGGCGUACCAGCGCUGUUCUUCGAUGACAUCAAGGAGGAGGAGGACGGCUCGGAGGAUGACGGAGAGUGCAAAACCCAGUUCACCGUGACCGUGAGGCCCGAGCUGAGCGUGCUGGGCUUCCUGGACCAGCUGGACGAGAGCGGAGACACCUUCAUCUCGCCCGUGGACGAGCUCUCGCCCUCCAAGAACACCACAGACAUGAGGCUCUCCAACCUGCACGCUGCCACUAUGCCAGAGCUGGUGGAGCAGCUGCAAGAGGCCCGCGAGGAGAAGAAAAGAAUCCGCAAGAGCCUCCGGGAGUUUGAGGAUCAGUUUUUCAGGCAAAAUGGAAGAAACGUGCAAAAGGAAGACCGCUCGCCCUUGGCAGUAGAGUACAACGAAUACAAGCACAUCAAAGCCAAGCUCAGGCUGCUGGAGGUCCUCAUAAGCAAACGCGACUCCUCCAAGUUCAUCUAGAGAUGCACGCCAACACACAAGCAAACAGGAAGCCGGAGCCCAUGCUCCACCACUCAUCCAUCCACACAAGCAUCCAUCCAUCCAUCCAUCCAUCCAUCCGUUGCUGACACGUACCCACCAAAUUGGACAUGUUUUUUUUCUUGUCUUCUCUCCCACGCCAUCUGUCACACAUUUGGCCAAAGAUGGAGUCAAGUACGCCGUGACUCAGCCCCAACUGCCCCCCUCCCUCUGGAGCUGCCCUAGCAGGCCAGCCGCGGUGGCCAAGGCACAGCGCACCCAGCUGGGCCCUGUGGCACUCCCUUGUUGGGCCUCACGGCCCUGGAACUGCACCAACAAGCCUCCCUUUCCACACCAACAAACCCACAGACUCUGGCUGUCACUCUUCCGACCUAAGGUAACCCCCAGAGAGAGAGAGAGAGAGAGAGAGGUCCAGGGAAAAAGGAUGAUGCAAGCUUGUUUUCAACAGCAACAAGCUGAAAUAAAUGAAGAUCUCAAAACAGACCAGGAAGAGCCUGUGUGGAAUGCUCUUUGCUGUUUGAAAACCACCUAGUCUGUGUUCAGCUGCAUCAGUGGGGCAUUUCAAGUAUUAUACACUAUUUGUUGCUUUUAUUUAUUGAAGUACUUCUAUUUCAUGUGAGUGUUGAUGUUAAACGUUGCAGUUGUUCAUCUGAUCAAACUCUAAAUGGGUUUAGGUAACAUCCGUAAGAAAGUCUUACACAUUUUGAUGUGGGGAUAUUGUGACAAGAUUUCUUUUGUCUUUAUUAUGUGAUCAAAAAUAUGGUGAGAGUAAUUUUGGUAAUUAUGUUGAAGGGAGUCUUUCUUUGUACAUACAAUUUUAAAAAACUGCAAUCUGCCUGCAAAUCCUUUUGAGAACUAUUUGGGCAAUUUGCAGGACAACAAAAUGUUGAGUCCUCUGACUUGUUUUUAUUUGUUCAUUGACUUUGUGCCAUAUUGAAGAAAAUGGUUCUGUUCGACUUUUUUAAAAUGUCAACUAGACACACUUUAUUUUUAUUCACUUGUAUUUCAUUUCAGAGUUUUGUAAUGUUAACUUCUUGAUUGAGUCUGUUUAGAUAUAAUCAAAAUGAACCACAACACAGAUUUAAAAUAGUUUAAAUACUGUGAAAUCAACAUAUUUGGAUGUUUUUAAAUACCAAUAUAAAAAAAACAUGUGCAGAACAAUAAUCCAAGCUAAUACGGUCAUCUAUUAUUGUAGAUAUGCAUUUUGCUUGUAUUCACUUCUUUAGCAUAUUUUUUUUCUUCCAAACUGCAAGAUAAGCUCCCAAGUCUCACACUGGUUGUCAGACCUUUGUUGUUGCUGUUCAUAGACAACUCCAGCUCUCACGACCCCAAUGAUCAAACGGUUGCCAUGAUUUGCAUGGGGCAAUCUCAAUUCUCAAAGAAUUCCUGACUGACUGACUGUACUUGCCUAUUUCUGUCCGAUGGACAAGGGGCUCCGCCAACGUUUCCGGGCCUAAGUAGGCAUGUACCCUAAGCUAUCCCUUUUCCUCUCCAGAAUGGAUACUUCCAGUGUGACCUUCGUUUUUUCUGAAUGUAAACACUGAUGGAAAUAACUGAUAUGGGUGUGUACAUUUUAGUACAUGAUUGUAUUUUGUACAUAUUAUAUAAAGCCAAACCUAUUUUUACUGAUGAAA